AUGUUGGGAAUGAAAUUGUUUUUACCCGAGGGAACUGACGAAGAAAUCACGAGAAAGAUCCGAAAGCUCGGUGCCGAGAACGCGGUGAUGGAAAGAAUCUUCCAAGUACAUGGAGUUCCCGAUGAUCAAUAUCAAUCAAUCUACCAUAGACCAGUGUCGAAAAGGCCAAUGCUCGGUAAACUUCAAGAGAUUUUUGUGCUUCUCAGCACGAGGCUUGGCAACGAUGUUGGGCCACUGAAAGGAAGUGACUUGUUCAAUCUCAUCACGCGAAUGUUGGAUCCGAAUCCGAAAAAUCGUCUACGAGCUGAUGAGUGCCUUUCGCACCCUUUUCUUCUGAAGAUGAAUGAAAAAUACGAAGAACGACUCGAAAAACAAGAACAAAUGAAGAAGAAUGGCCUAGUACAACCAAAAGAUGAUAAUGGAAUGAGGCAAAGAAAUGAAAAAGAUAAAGAAGUGCUGCUAAAAGAACUGGCACAACCACAAAAUCGACGGAUAUUCAUUGAUGAGCUGAUGCAAGCUGAUGAAAUGAAAGAUGAUGAAAUGAAAGAAGGAAAAGAUCAAGAAAUGAUUGAAGAAUUCUCUCAAAUAGCUACA